AACCCCAAAUGUUCUGUGCCAAGAGAGCUAUCAAAUUCAGUUGUAUUUUGACCUCCUCGACUGUCGCUGGAGUUCUUGCUGGAAGAAGGUUGUGCUUAGAGCCUUCUCGCUCACUAAUGAGUCUAGAAUCCUUGCAGUUUGAUAACCGUGUCUUGAAAUCCUUACCCGUUGAUGAAGAGAAGGAAAAUUAUGUCAGAUCUGUGUCUGGAGCUUGUUACUCUUUGGUAAAUCCAACUCCAGUCAAGAAUCCACAGUUGGUUUCAGCUUCAGCUGAUGCUCUUAAUCUUCUUGGAUUAGACAUCAAAGAGAUACAGAGACCAGAGUUUAUUGAAUACUUCAGUGGCAAUAAAGUCAUACCUGGAUCUGAACCAGCAGCUCACUGCUACUGUGGUCAUCAGUUUGGUCACUUUUCUGGCCAACUGGGAGAUGGAUGUGCUCUAUAUCUUGGUGAAGUGAUUAAUAGCAAUGGAGAACGUUGGGAACUACAACUAAAAGGAUCUGGUAAGACUCCUUACUCAAGGCAUGCUGAUGGCAGGAAAGUGUUGCGCUCAAGUAUCAGAGAGUUUCUUUGUUCUGAAGCAAUGCAUUAUCUUGGCAUUCCAACUACACGAGCUGGUUCAUGUAUCACGUCUGAGUCACUAGUCGCAAGAGACAUAUUUUACAAUGGAAAUGUAAUUCAAGAACAGGCUACAGUUAUAUCACGGAUAGCUCCAACCUUUAUAAGGUUUGGCUCAUUUGAGAUCUUUAAAACUCGUGAUGCAACAACUGGUAGGAUUGGCCCUAGUGUUGGUCGUGAUGAUAUCUUUCAUCUUCUCUUGGAUUAUGUAACGGAACACUUUUAUCCUGAGAUUUAUAAAUCACAUUUGGAUGACAUUGAAGCUAGAACAGCAGGUUUCUUUAAUGAAAUAUGCCGUCUUACUGGUCGCCUUGUUGCCAUGUGGCAGUGUGUGGGGUUUUGUCAUGGUGUUCUUAAUACGGACAAUAUGAGUAUAGUUGGAGUGACUAUUGAUUAUGGACCUUUUGGGUUUUUAGAUCGAUAUGAUCCAGCUCAUAUUUGUAAUAAAUCUGAUGAUGGUGGAAGAUAUGCCUUCAGUAAGCAGCCAUCUGUAUGUAAAUGGAACCUGAGGAAGCUGUCAGAGGCUCUGUCUCCUUGUUUGUCUACAGAGAAAGCUGAUGAAGGGCUAGAACUAUAUGAAAUGGAGUUUCAACAAACUUAUUUGUCAAAGAUUAGAGAAAAGCUAGGCCUUGUUAAUAAAGCUUUUCCAGAAGAUAGUGAUCUUGUUGAGCAGUUCCUUGAUACUCUGCAUGAAACUGGGUGCGACUUCACUAAUGGCUUUAGAAAAUUGAACAAAGUUGUCUUGAGUCAUUUGAAUGAUCCAGGACACUUAGAAAUGGUAUGUGAUUCUUUGUUGGAUGAGUGUGCCACUCCUGACGAGCUUGUGAAGUCCUUUAAACCCAUCAUGCCCAUCCAUCAAUUAAUGAUGUUUGCUUCACUUGGUGAGCAGUCUCCUAUGAUCCUUAUGUCAUUGGGUUUAUCACCUGAAAUGAUUAAAAAUGAAUUGACAAAGAUUAAUAACAUGGAGAAAGUAAAAAAAACUACAGUUGAAGAAAAAAGAAAGACAGAUAGAGAAACAUGGCUGACAUGGCUUGCACUGUACAGGAGUCGACUUGGUAGAGAAUAUACUGAUGAUAUGGAGAUAGAUAAACUACAAGAGAAAAGAGUUGAAGUUAUGAAUAAUGCUAAUCCUAGGUUUGUACUGAGGAACCAUAUUGCCCAAAGUGCUAUUUCAUUGGCUGAAGAUGGAGACUUUUCUGAGGUUAAUAAAGUGUUGCAGUUACUUCAGAAACCGUAUGAUGAUGAAUCAGCACCAGCCGUGGAUGAAGCUGCUUCUUCUCUAAAUAUAGAAAUGAGCAAAUAUUUCUGUCGUCCACCAGACACCGCCUUGAGUUUGAGUGUCACUUGAUCAUCUUAAAAACAUCAGGUACAAUCCUAGUGGGAGAAUGAAGUAUUAUUAUUGAUGAUGGACUAACUCCAACUCCAAAAACUAUGGAAGAGCUAGUCUUGAUGCACUCAUUCCUCCUCUGGUAAUAAACGCUUGAUUUCAUUAUAAAGAUGUCAAACUGCUAUUAUAACAAUAAUAAAGUUGUAUUUUUUAAUUUAUAAAAAAGAUUAGAUAGCAAUGUCUUCAUAUUCUGAGA